AUGAGUUACGAGGAACUGCGUGAGCACAAACGGAAGCUGCAAUCAACGGAUGCUCUUGAGUCUACAAUUGCUAGAUCUGUUCGGAAGGCCUCUUCUAAGGCUGAGAAGAUGCCGUGGGAAAGGGGAGAUGUUUUGUGCCCUGCUCCCCUUUUUCAGCCUGCAUUUCCUCGUGGGCGGCUCAUUUUGGGUCGUCCGGAAUCUUCUUCUGGCGGCCUGUCUUCGGGCCGUGCAGAAAAGGCGCAGCUGGGUUCCGUUUUGAAAGCAGUUCGUGGUGGGCUUCCCAAGAAGCCUGGGCCGACUUGGGAAGAGAAGCUUACCUUGAAUCGCAGAGCCGCAAUGGUAAAAUGGGAGUCCCUUGUCUGGAAGAACAAGGACAGCUUUGAAGUUGCCAGGAAUGUUUUUCGAGACUCGUCAUCGGGCAGACAGGCCGAUCUGUCUCAGGCCCUCGUGGAUUGCUUCGCUGGCAAGGCGAGUGCCACAUUGCAUUCAAGAGUUGGGCCUCUGUUGCGGUACGUUCAUUUCAUGUCGAAGGAGCAUGUAGACCCUUUUCCUUUGGACGAGGGCAAGCUUUACAUGUUUAUGGAUCGAUACUGCAGGACAGCAGCCGCGACCUUUGCACGGAGCUUCCUUGAAACAUUGAACUUCUCAAAGCAUGUUUUGGGUUUGGAUGCCCCGACCUCUGGCAUCAGUCAGAGGGUGCAGGGGGUCGCCAAGGCUUGUUAUCUGGACAAGAGGAAGCUGGUCCAAAAGCCUCCAUUGCUUGUCUCUCAUGUUCAGGCUCUCGAGGACAUCCUGCAUGGUGUUUCAAAGGUCAAGUUCAGUGACUACGACCGAGUGUGUGCUGGUUUCUUUUGCUUUGCUGUAUAUGCACGUGCAAGAUACAGCGAUGCUCAGGCGUCUGCAUCUUUACAGCUCGAUGUCUUGGAGUCUGAGAGCAGCUAUGGGUUCUUGGAGGCGUCAGUUACCAGAUCGAAGACUUCGUAUAGCUUGGAGCGCAAGACGAGGUACCUUCCAGUGGUCGCACCGGUUUUGGGUGUCAGGUCAGAUCCAUGGGGCGUCGUCUGGCACGAGCUUCUCUUGAAGCUCGGAGUGACACUUCGGGAAGGGUGGCCGUUGCUUCCUAUGCCGAUGCAAGGUGGCGGUUAUCAGCAAGCACCCGUCAGCCCAGCACAUGCAGGGCGCCUUUUACGAGAACUUCUGCGCAGGGAGCUCGGGGACUCUGAAAGCAUCAGUGCUCUGGGCACCCACAGUCUCAAGAGGACAGUUUUGAGCUGGCUUGCGAAAUACGGCCUCCCUAGGGAAGUUCGGGCCAUUUUGGGCUACCACAGUUCUGAUUGCGGCACUGAGAUUGUGUAUGCUCGCGACACCUUGAGUGGACCACUCAGGGAGAUGCAAGAAGUUUUAGAGGCUGUGACUUUUGGGAGGUUUCGGCCAGAUGCCACACGGAGUGGCUACUUCGCCAGCGAGAGGCUUGCUCGCGACAGGGAGCCACAGGAUGAGCUCGACAGCUCCUCUUGCGGUAGCGACGACGAGGAGGCGCCUGAUUAUGCCGAGGAUGAGGGAGCUUGUGAUGCCCUCGCCAAGUGGGAGCCGAAGAAAGGCCUCCGCGAGAGGAAGGCGAUAGGUUCAGGUGUGGCAGAAAGAUUUCGCCCGUGUUUAUUCUCCUUGCAGAGCCCCCUGAAUAUCUCUUCCCAGUUUGCAGACAGUGCUGUCCGGAUCAAGGGUGAAGCCUUUGGCUGGCAGCUCAGCGCUCGGCUGCGCGGGCAAGACACGUUUGCAUGUGUGCUCAUUUGGGAUGCCCUGAUGUCCAUUUAUGAUGUCAUGUGUUAUGCUGUCUUCAAGAGGAGGGUUGAGACCUCUGGUCUGUCCGAUGAGGACGUGGCCAACCUUCUCGUUGGCCUGAAGACUCUUAAGCAGUUGGCUUUCGUUAGUUCGUAUACCCCAGGGCAGUCCGAUGAGGGGCCGCUGUUAGCUGCCUUCUCCAAGCUGGUGAAGCGUGACACUGAGAAUGAUCUUGCAGCUCAGGCCUCUUUCAGGGCUCUUUUCCACACUGCAUAUGCAAUUGUUACCACUGAGCUCCGGCAAGCUGUUGAAAAGUCCGAUGAAUCAGUCACGAGAACCCUCUCAGCCCCCGAGCGGGAGGAGAGGUACACCAGGCAAGCGAAGAAGUUGACCGGUGUCGCGAUCAAAGGCGACACCGAGCCUUCGGAAGCUUUGGUUGAUUUCUGCGUUUCAAUUUAUGAGGGGAACACUCUUCGCUUCAUUCCUUGGGAGAAGUGCACCAGUCGCCUUGCUGAAAUCCAGGGCGACGCAAAGAAAGACACUCGCUUCACCCUCGACUCUCAAGGCAAGUCUCUUAAGCUUGAAGCCAAGCCGCAGGACCUGCAGUGUGCAGUUGAUUCCGAGAUUCAUGUUAUGCAGGCCCUUCAAAGGCGGGCUCUUGCAUGCGACCAAGCGAACUUAAUCGAUUACACCAUUCUCGAGGAAUGGCACCAAAGACUCAUGCGAGCCAGGUUGCAGGAUGUUCCCCCUGGCUAUGUUCGGCCGAGCUUCAAGCAACUGCUGAGGGCCGAUCAGAGGCUGUUUGCUGAGCUGCAGGAUCGCAGCCGCACUGGCAUCCAGUCGGAUGCCAAUGGUCGGCCGCUAGACAAGUUGCUGCCUCAGGUUAUGGACCUCACCGAGAUCACCAUGCUGAUGCAACCUUUGCCUGCUCCGAGUGCCUCGUCAUCUGACGUAGCCGAGAAACCCUGGGUGGGGAAGGAACGACUCUCCCCGUAUGGCAAGUUCAAGGCCCUGGUUGGUUGCUAUUCCUGCACUGCUUCAGGUGCGAGCGCGGCAUCCACAUAUGCGCUCGUUGCCGCCAGACUGGGCACAACGCAGCGAAUUGUCCUAAGAAGGAGUGACUCCUUCGAGGAGCAGUCUUGUGGCGAUCCAGUGGGAUCGGGUUUGGGCUCAGUGGAGCAUUCGCAGGCGGUUGUCGCGGUUGGCCGGGACCUUAAAUCCCGUGACACAAGAUCGGAUCCGGAGGAGUUUGCAAUCGAGCUUUUGAAUUCGUUUGAUUUUUCAGCUGACAGCAUUCUUGAGCUUUUCGAUAUGAGUGUUGAGAGGUCUGCGACAUUACACAACCAAGAUGCCUGCUGUGUGCAGGCGGGAAUUUGUGUCUUCAUCAUGAUACCACAGCUGAUCGUGAGCUCGACCUGUGUUUGGGAGCUCUCGCAUGCCGACCUCUGCGCCCUCUCGACUGCAGGUUUCGUGCUGCCUACGAGCCAAUCCGAGAUGCCUGCAUCUCCCAUAGGGCCCCUUCGGGAUCUUAGGGCCACCGUGCUGGACCUCUUUGGGCAAGUCGGACUGCUUCCUGGGAUUUCUUUGCUCGGGUGCUUUUGGCUAGCUUCGGUCGUCGUGCUUCUCCAGCGUGCAAAGCAGUUGGGUGUUAGAUGGACCGUCCUCGGUCCUUCUGAUCAUGAGGCCUGGGCGAUUGCCGGAUACUGCCCUUUCGAGCAAUCCUCUGCUCAGUGCCUGUGUGACAACAGCUCUUGUGUUUCGGUUUCCAAGCAGUUUGCCGAAAUGUUUGCGGAGCAGCUCCGCUUAGCGGCUGCCGAUGACGGGUUUCUUAUCGAUGCACAUGCCCUGUUGCCACAGGCCAACACCUGGGUUCAACGUCAGGCCAAGUCUUCAAAGUUGCAGCCGAUCAUGCCUGAGUAUCGCUACACUGUCACCGUUUCGGUUGACUCUGCUGCUUUGUCCCUCGACUCCAAAGCUUGUUUGUGCGAUCCGCUACAAUCCGUGCCUGCUGGCUCUCGACUCCUCAGGCUGGCGCUUUUGACUAAGUGGAGAUCGUGGGCUUCCGACUUGGAUCAUGCUGAAGCUGAGUUGCACAAGACGUUGGAAAGCAGUGUAGCUCGGGUUUUGUCGGGUAAGAGGCUCUUGUUGCUGGAAAAGAUUGCUCAGUCGCUCGGUUGGCCGGAUGUUGAUCUCUUCAGCGACAUCAAGAGCGGCUUCAGCCUGGUUGGUUGUGCCGGUGUCACGGGGGUCUUUGAGACUUCGUUCAAAGCGGCUGAGUUCACCGAGGAUGAGCUCGACUCUCGUGCAAAGUUUCUUCGUCCGGCCUUGUGGGGCAAGAUAGCUAGCUCGGCUGCUUCGGAGUUUGAGGAUGAGCUCUGGCAGAAGACUCUUGAUGAACGCGACAAGAAAGGCGCUUUGCCGCCAACGGGCCAAGCUCAGGUUGCAGAGAAGAUAGAUUCUCGUGCACUUGACGAGCUUCUUUGGGUUGCCUCGCCGCUUACAAGCAAUGGCCGAUUCGACCGCAAGACUCCAAGAGGUGCGUCGUCAGUCUUCGUCGACCUGCAGACGGCCAGCCGGUUGGGUUCGUUUGUCACGUUCUUCCUUUUGGAGCUUCCGUUCGCCCCUGUCGCCGACAUCUUAGGUGUCAGAUUAGACCUGUCGUCGCCUCAUUGCAUCCGCGUGCAAAACAAGCCUGACAAGGCCAGUGAUGUCGCCGCAUCUGUUGACAAAGUCCUGUCUGAAGGCGUGGUGCGCCCUAGGGAGGUUGAAAGCCUCUUUGGCAGGAUUCACUUCGUUGACUCUCAGGUGCUGGGCAGAAUGGGCCGCCUUGCUUUAGGUACUCUACGGCAUUUGUCUAAGAACUCAGACGCUCAUCAUCUUUCUCAUGCGGAGGAAGAGGCCUUCAGGUUGCUUCGCAACCGCAUGCUACAUGGUGAGCCCAGAAGGAUUGAUGUCAGCAAUCGCGGCCCUGCGAUUGUUGUCUACACGGACGGUGCCUGUGAGCCGGGGGCCCUCAGGCAGCUCUGCACUGUAGGAGGCGUCUUGUACUCCAGGCUGCGGGGCGUCACAAGUGUCAGGUACUUUGGUGCAAAGGUACCUGAUGCGCUCGUUGACCGCUGGGCUUCUCAGGGCAAGAGACACUUGAUAGGCCUCGUGGAAAUGUACGCCCUGGUUCUCGCGCGCUUUGCUUGGAAAGAGUACUUGGAUUUUCAGCGGGUCCUCUUCUUCUUGGACCACAGCGGAGUGCUAGCAUCUGCAAUCAAGUGUACGUCUAGGGACGAGCUCUGGCGUGAAUUGUUGCUUCAGCUCGAGAUCGCCGAUCGUGGGUCUUGCAUUGCCUGGUAUGCCAGGGUUCCUUCGAGCUCGAAUGCAUCGGACCCUCCGUCGAGAGGAUGCUGGAACUUCCCGAUGUGCAAUCUUGCGGUCAGGGAUUAUCCGCAGUGCUUCAUGCAUCACUGCCCUCUUGACUCGUCUUGA